AAUGUUAUUACUUGAACUACUAGGCGUAUGAGGUGCUGGUCUUCCACUUCAGGGUUCGACACCUGACGGGAUUGAUAUCCGUUUCCAGCGGUCACCUACCACGUAUUAUUUGCAGAGGUUCUGCGACAAUGCCAGUGUUUGAGCGGGUCCGAAGAAAGCUUUCUCGUACCAAGUCUGCGCCAGGCUUGGAACAAGAAGACGACGAUGAAGGCCAAGUCAACCUGCAGCCAUGGCCAAGCAAUCCGCUGUCCUUGUCCCCAUCCGACGAACAACUUGUCUCAAAGCUUGCCUUCACACCAGAUACCGAGUUCAUUGAACGGCCGCCCCGCCUGCAGACUCCUUCUGUUGCUACUCAGUUCUCCGAGCGAACAAUCUUCAACAACGUCGAAACGGGAUUUCUAUCGUUGCCAACAGAGCUUCUUAUGUUUCUCCAACCUUACCUGAGUCCAAGCAGUGAGGUAGCCUUGCGACACAGUUGUUCAAGGUUUCUGCACUUGUAUACCACCCCUUCCUUUGUCUUGAAGGGACAGGAACUGUUUGAUUUCCUGUGCAUGACAGAAAGGGAUCAAGAUUCAACUGAGCUGGACAGGCUGGUCUGUGGCAAAUGCCAGGAAUUGCAUAACCGCACAACAUUUCCUGGUGCCGAGAUCAAGCAGGAGCCUACUCUUCGGGAUUGCAGACAAGUAUGGUUAUGUGCUCAUCGUACACUUGGCUAUCAGAAAACGAUCCGAAGCAUCAAAGCUGGGGUGGAGGCACCUUUUCGAGUUGAAACCUUGGAACCCUGUUCACGUUGCAGGAAUUCGAUCCGCAAUAGGAGUGUGGCGGAUCGUCCUGAAAAGGGUACCUCACUCAUGGAACUUGAGAAUCCGAAAGCACAAUCAUUGCUGAUUUCAAAAAUUGGCUUGCUCCAAGUACCUUCCCCUCUAUACAACACCAGGACCAGUGGGGGAAGCGGAAUGUAUAAAGAGGUUUUCCAGGCCAAAGAUGUUUCCGCUGCUCUUCAAGCACUCGAUUUUCGACUUUGUCCUCACCUCAAGUUGGGAGACCCUUACAUUUUGAGCAAGUUCUGUCGAGCGUGCAUCAAUACGCAGCGUCUGCCGCCAGGCGUCAAAGGGCCCCCAUGCAUUAGCGAGUGGAAACGAUUUGGUGACGGCAGAUCAGGGGCGAAAUGUAAAGGUGCCUGCUAUGACCGGUCAUGCAAAACACAAUUCAUGUUCCAAUCACGCGAGAGUCUCUCGCCUGAUGCUUCUGGCAGAAGGCAAGUCUGGCUGAUCAUUGCGGUUUAUCGUUGGCUUGGUCCCUUACUCACAGCCGGUCACGAGUCAACAUGGACAAAUCAUGCUGUGGAUCACAAAGAACGCAAGGAGAUGCGCGAAAGAUGGGCAGCGUGGGAGAGGUCGAACAAAUCCGUGAGGCAAUGUAUGCCCAAUUGGAGCAUAUGCUUGCUCCACCCAGAGGACUCGAACUUGCGAUGAUGGAAGCUCAGAAAGCCCUGGUGGAUAUAUCAAAUGUCUUCAUAUCUUGUCCAUCGGCACUUUGCGCUGGGGCCAACGGUGGGAGACUGACAGACCUGACGAUCUUGUCUCUUCCACAGGUGUCAAUGUGCCCUUUUUCGGAGCAUGCAGCUAUCACGAUGCUACCGCUUGACUGAAUGCCAUCCUCGUGAGCCACGACAACAACCACCACGUUCAGUGCCCGACCUUCUGGAACAUGGCUUGACUGCACGUCGGGUCAAAGCUUAAGCCAUUCACACUGCGAAUGUUCGGCACGACAGCGAUGGACGAGGCGGAUGGCAGAACCGAUACGAGAUUCUGAACCUCUUUUGCCGAUCUUCAGAACGUGCAAAGUCAGCCAAGCCUCGGUGUGCUGACAUUAGCGAGCGUCACCAUGGAGAGCAGACGCUUGGGCGUUGCUUGGGGCACUCCAGCCCACAUUCCCGGCACUCGAAGCCUGAGAAUGGCCAAACAAUGGCUAA